ACCACCUUCUUCUUCAAGCAGCGGCUCGAAAGAAACCUAGCUCUCUUCUCCACACGACACUUACAGAGUUUUAAGCCAUGGCCGCCGCCGUAGAAAUCGACGCUGAGAUUCAGCAGCAGCUUACCAACGAAGUCAAGCUCUUCAACCGUUGGAGCUUCGAUGACGUUUCGGUCACAGACAUUAGUCUUGUUGAUUACAUUGGUGUCCAGCCUGCGAAACAUGCAACCUUUGUUCCCCACACUGCUGGAAGAUACUCUGUCAAGAGAUUCAGGAAGGCUCAAUGCCCUAUUGUCGAGAGGCUCACGAACUCUCUCAUGAUGCACGGGAGGAACAACGGUAAGAAGUUGAUGGCUGUGAGGAUCAUCAAGCACGCCAUGGAGAUUAUCCACCUCUUGACUGAUGCUAACCCUAUUCAGGUUAUCAUUGACGCAAUUGUUAACAGUGGUCCACGUGAAGAUGCUACCAGGAUUGGAUCUGCUGGUGUGGUUAGGAGGCAGGCCGUUGAUAUCUCUCCUCUAAGACGUGUGAACCAAGCUAUCUUCUUGCUCACCACUGGUGCACGUGAAGCUGCCUUCAGAAACAUCAAGACCAUCGCUGAGUGCCUUGCUGAUGAGCUCAUCAAUGCUGCCAAGGGAUCAUCCAACAGCUAUGCCAUCAAGAAGAAAGAUGAGAUUGAGAGAGUUGCUAAGGCCAACCGUUAA